GGAUCCCUUCCCGUUCUUCCCCCAUUUUCUUUCUUUCCUUCUUCUACCUUCAAACACUCCCAAUUCUUCACCAAAAUAACUUCAAAUUUCUGAAAUCGCAAAACCUGAUUACACUUCUUCCGAUCUCCACCAAUCUCUCUACACUUUUCCAAUUUCUUUUCACCACUAGCCGCAUCGCAAAUCAAACCCUAGACCGCCAAAUCACAUUUUCAAUCGCUUUUGUUUCUUGUUACGGUAAUGAUCUGUGAUAAGAGAUAAUGGAGAACGAGAUAAUCGAAUUCGACAUAGGCAUAGGUACCGGCGGGGUUGGAAGCGUAGACGAUGGAAUGGAAAGUGAACACAUAACAGUCGAUGAAGAUAUGGUGGAUAGUUCUCCUACCGGCGGUAUUGUAGUUGGUGGUGGUGGUGGUGGAGGAAAUGGAAUUUACGUACCUGAAGGAGACCCCGAUCUUGAGCCUUUUGAUGGAAUGGAAUUUGAAUCAGAAGAAGCUGCUAAAGCUUUCUAUAACUAUUACGCAAGGCGUGUUGGUUUCAGUACUCGUGUAAGCUCCUCAAGAAGGUCAAGAAAAGACGGAGCAAUCAUACAGAGAUCAUUCGUUUGUGCUAAGGAGGGUUUUCGUAACCUGAAUGAGAAACGAACAAAGGAUAGAGAGAUCAAACGUCCUCGUUCUAUUACUCGUGUAGGUUGUAAAGCAUCGCUUUCGGUUAAGAUACAAGAUUCUGGUAAGUGGAUUGUGUCUGGUUUCGUUAAGGAACAUAAUCACGAGCUUGUUCCACCUGACCAGGUUCAUUGUCUUCGGUCGCAUAGACAAAUCUCGGGUCCGGCUAAGACUCUGAUUGAUACUUUACAGGCUGCUGGAAUGGGUCCUAGGAAGAUUAUGUCAGCUCUUAUUAGAGAAUAUGGAGGUAUUAGUAAUGUCGGUUUUACUGAAGUAGAUUGUAGGAAUUACAUGAGAAAUAAUCGACAGAGAAGUUUAGAAGGAGAUACCCAGCUUCUAUUAGACUAUCUGAGGCAAAUGCAUGCUGAUAAUCCUUCUUUCUUCUAUGCUGUUCAAGGCGAUGAUGAUGAACAACAACAGUAUACAGGUAAUGUCUUUUGGUCUGAUCCGAAGGCGAGGAUGAACUACACAUCGUUUGGUGAUACGGUAACAUUCGACACAACUUACAGAUCAAACAGGUAUAGACUUCCAUUCGCACCUUUUACUGGGAUAAACCAUCAUGGGCAGCCUGUUCUGUUUGGCUGUGCUUUCCUCGUAAACGAAUCGGAAGCCUCCUUUGUUUGGCUAUUCAGAACAUGGUUAACUGCAAUGUCCGGUCAUCAUCCUGUUUCGAUAACAACUGAUUACGACACCAUAAUCAGGUCGGCCAUAAUGCAGGUUUUCCCAGAUACCCGGCAUCGUUUCUGUAAAUGGCACAUAUUUAAGAAAUGUCAGGAGAAAAUGUCCAAUGUGUUUCUGGAACAUCCAACUUUUGAGGCUGACUUACAUAAGUGUGUCAAUCUGAGUGAAUCUGUCGAAGAGUUCGAGUCCUGUUGGCUGUCGAUUGUGGAUAAGUUUGAACUUCGAGAUCACGACUGGCUCGAGACUAUCUACUCUGCCAGAAGACAAUGGGUGCCUGUUUACCUAAGGGAUACGUUUUUUGCAGAGAUGUCGAUUACUAGUAUAAACUCGUACUUCGAUGGGUAUGUGAAUGCCUCGACAAACCUAAGCCAGUUCUUCAAACUAUACGAGAAGGCGUUGGAGAGUCGGAAUGAGAAAGAAGUGAAAGCCGAUUACGAUACAUUGAACUCUUCCCCUGUUCUGAAGACACCUUCUCCUAUGGAGAAGCAAGCGUCUGAAUUAUACACAAGAAAGUUAUUCGUUAGGUUUCAAGAAGAGUUGGUUGGGACGCUUACCUUCAUGGCUUCCAAAGUGGCGGAUGGAGAGGUAACCACUUAUCAAGUAGCGAAAUUCGGGGAGGAUUACAAAUCUCACUUUGUUAAGUUUAAUGUUCUUGAGAUGCAAGUGAUGUGCAGUUGUCAGAUGUUUGAGUUCUCAGGUCUUCUAUGUAGACACGUGCUGACAGUUUUCCGGGUGACGAAUGUUUUAACUCUUCCGUCUCAUUACAUUUUGAAACGAUGGACGAGAAAUGCCAAGAGCACGGUUACCUUAGACGAACGUGCUAGCGACGUGUUUAAUAAUUACUUAGAAUCUCAGACGUUUAGAUACAAUAACUUACGUCAUCAGGCAUUCAAGUUCGUGGAUGAAGGCGCUCAGUCUAUUGAAUCAUAUAAUGUUGCGCUCUUAGCUCUGGAAGAGGCUGCUAGAAGAGUUUCUGCUGCCACAAGUAACGAGACAAGAACAAGUAUGAUUAAUGGACGCCUUAGGGUGAAUCAAGCCAGUAAUGGCAGCAGGACAAAUUACGAGGUUGUUCUUGUUGGGAGCGAUCAUGAAAAAACCACCUGCCAGCAAUUAACCGAGGACGACAUGGACAAAAAGAUUGAAGAUCUAAGUCAUGAAUUGGAAUGUGCUAACCGUAAAUGUGAAGUCUAUCGAGCAAAUUUGCUAUCGGUACUGAAACAUAUCGAGGACCAUAAACAACAGCUUUCAGUCAAAGUCCAGAACAUAAAGCUCAGCAUGAAAGAUGUUUAAAAAGGUGCAAUAAAUUUAUGGAAAGUGUUAAUAAUCCUCUUUUUUCUAACACCAUCCAGUUUUUAAAUGCUAGAUUAGAAGAAUCAGAGUUACUAUUUGUAACAUUUAACCCUGCAGCAUCUCUUUUUAUUACAUAA